AUGGCGACCUUCUCACCAAUCCUGCGGCAGCUGGGCUGCUUAAGGUCUAUCGCGAAGCCCCAGUCAUUGGUGUCGUCCCAAAUCGGUCGUCGAUCCAUCACGACUGCGUACACUCCGAAACAAGAGCCCGUCCCUCUUCCGAGCAAAUUGCCCAAGUCGUUCCUUUCUCAAAUACCUCCUCGCCAGCAGCCUACAAAUGGCCGCAAGAAGCUCAAAGUCUACCCUGCUCCGCCUUCCAGCCGCACGGUUUGCAAAGAUCCCGUGGCAGCAGUGACCGAAUCUCAAUUGGCAGCCCUUGAUCCAACUGGUGAACGCAAAGCACUUUUCGACUAUAGAAGAAACCCACGCAGUGUGAAGGUCGGCGAUAUCCUGCGCGUGACCUUUAAGAACGGGGACCCAUUCUCCGGCGUUUGUCUUAGCAUUCGUCUGCGCGGCGUUGACACCACAUUCUUGCUUCGUAAUGAGCUUACCAGGGUCGGUGUUGAGAUGUGGGUGAAGGUUUUCAGUCCCAACGUUGAGAGCGUGGAAAUUGUACAGAGGACGGAGAAGAGGAAGAGAAGAGCCAGAUUGUACUACAUGAGGUGCGGAAAAGUAUUUGACAAUAUGCCUCCCUAUAAUUAUACUCCACUUCCGCCAGGGCGUAACACCAUUCGCAUGCUUCGCCUAUUACCAAAUCAAGACCGGACUGCUCCAAUUAAAUGCGAGCUCAUUGAGCACCCUCUCAAGAAACAAGCGCAGGCCUACGAAGCCCUGUCGUAUGUCUGGGGUUCCACAGAAAACCCCUCUUCGAUAUAUGUCAACAACUGCAGCCUGGAAGUCACGCCGAACUUGCAUGCAGCGCUGUCGCACCUUCGAUUUCAACGGUUCCCGAGGCUGCUGUGGGUCGAUGCUAUAUGCAUUGACCAAAAAGGCAACGCAGAGAAAGAACAGCAGAUUCAAUUGAUGGCAAAUAUCUAUGGACAAGCUAAGAGUGUUAUCGUUUGGCUUGGGGAAGAAGACAAUGAUAGUACUCUGACACUUGCGAGAUUACAAGUCGCCGCCGAAGGCGAGAGUCUGGUGGUAGAAUUCAAUGAUUCAGCACUUAUAGCGCUCUUAGAACGCCCUUGGUUCCGACGGGUCUGGGUUCUUCAAGAGGUUGGAGUUGCUCGGUCGGUUCUGGUCAAAUGUGGCCCUAUGGAGAUGAAUGGCUACGCAUUUUCCUCAGGUUUGCGCGGUAUAGAGGCCUUGAAUAACAGAUGCCCAAGGCUGCAGAGUUUGAUCAAUUCCGUACGCCCAGUCACUUAUCUCUUAGGAAGAGCAAUAUUCCGUCCGGGUUACGGGGUAAUGUACAAGAGGGGACGCCAUUUGGGCGAGUUGCUUGAUAUGUAUCAUUCCCAUAAGGCCACCAUACGCCAUGAUAAAGUGUUUGCCCUUCUUGGUAUGUGCUGCGAGAACCUAGAAGCAGUGGGUUUGUUGCCUCACUAUGAGAUCCCUUGGGAAGUCCUCUUCCAGCGAAUCAUUAGGCAUGUUCUGUCGCAAAGGGUGUCGACCGAAACUUGGCCUGAUAAGGAGUUAGCGUUGAUCAAGGGCAUGGGUUAUAGCCUAGGGAGAGUAUCUGCAGCGUACGGAGACAAAUCUCGAUUUGACAGACAGCAUGUGCACAUUGACAUGGACAACUCGAUGCAAUUGCUUCAGUACAGCAAGGAUUCAAGAAGUCGCUGCAAUCACAGUGCCGAACGAAGCACCGUUAAAUGGACUAUGCGGGUCUCAGCACAACCUGUCAAGUCGGGGGAUGUUGUCUGCCUCUUACAAGGAGCGUCCAAGCCAAGCAUUGUCAGACCAUUCAGCGAUUAUUUUGAUAUCAUCAUAAUAGGAGUAACUCCUUUACAUAUCGCAAAUGGCGAAACCUUUCGAAUAGAUGAAUCCUUAACAUCAGAGAUUCCAGACCAUCUCGACGAAAUGGGACGGGAACUUAGCGUUUCCCUCGUGUCUGUAUUUGCGUCGAACUGGACGUUGACAGCUUUGGCUGGCUCACGCGUGAAGAAGAACAAAGCUUCCAGCAACAUGGGCGGCAACCCUAACCUGGAGCCUGGAGAAGGCUCCAAGAUCGACAUGGCAGAAGCACCUACAUUUAUCCACAGCGAGAACACACAUGUCGAGGCGGGCUUGAAAGCACUAAAACCGAAAGAUGGCGACACGGCCAUGGCACUCUUUAACGACGAGGAACUUCAGGAACCUGUGGAUCCAGUUGAGGCAAGAAAGUUGCUCUGGAAGAUUGACUUUAUGAUAUUGCCCUAUCUAGCUGUUUGCUACGCCUUCUUCUAUAUUGAUAAGGAAAAUACCUUGGAGCGAACAUCUUCAUGUGCUCAAAGGGGUGUUUUUUUGAUGAUCCAAGCCGCAUGUCACAAUUUCGCUACUCUUGCAGUGCUUCGAGCCCUGGGGGGAGCUGCAGAGGCUUGCGCAGAUCCUGCGUUUAUGCUCAUUACUAGUAUGUGGUACACGCGACGCGAACAGCCUGUCCGUAUUGGUUUAUGGUAUACGGCCAACGGGCUUGGAAUUGCCCUCGGCGGUCUAUUAGGUUACGGCAUCGGUCAUAUCAGAGGUGCACUUCCAUCGUGGAAGUACGAAUUUAUUGUAAUGCCCAUACAACGCCGCCUUUGUCCUGGUCCUGAGUAUGCAGGUCGCAAAUACAGCUGGUAUGGCAUCCCAGAAAUUCCACACCGAUGCACCCAACUAAUCAAAAUCAUUCAAGGCCACACAAAGAAAGUAGUUACAAACGCAGUCCUCUUCCUGGGCUAUUGUACCGGGAACAUCGCCGGUCCAUUUUUCUACAAAGAGAGCCAGAAACCUACCUACGAGCUCGGCAUCUGGUCUAUGAUCGUUUCGCAUCUGAUUGAAGCUGUUAUUAUUUCUAUCUUGGGUCUUCUGCUUCGCUGGGAGAAUCAAAAGAGGGAUAAGAUACAGUCUCAGAUGGAAGGCGGAUUGGAAGCUUCCGGUAUAUUUAUUAACAUGAUUAUUAUAUUCUAUGAAUGA